UACCAUCUAUAAAUCCCUGUUUGGAAGAGGAUGAAGAAGCCACGUACAUCGUCGUCUUCUUCGUAUUUUCAUCUGUUUUAAGCGGCGUAUGUCUCAGAGGAUCAGCGUACCUCACUUUUCCAGUAUUGCUUUCCGCCUUCACUCUCGUCUCCUGGUUUUCAGUGACCCCCAAUCGUAUUGGUUAAUUUGAUUGGAUUAUUGUUUCGAUUUAUUAUUUUCUGGGUUUUCUCUUUCGUUUGCCGUUUGGGUGUCGAAAUUUUCUCGAGAAAUUUUUGGUUGAAGAAGCAUGGGUGUGAAGGCGUUUGUUGAAGGAGGGAUAGCUGCGAUCGUGGCGGGGAGUUCAACUCACCCUCUUGACUUGAUCAAGGUCCGAAUGCAGCUCCAGGGCGAAAGCCAAGUUCCCAAACCCAACCCCGCCGCGGUCCAGAAUCUACGGCCGGCUCUUGCUUUCCAAAACGCAGGUACAUCGACCAUCCACGUGCCGCCUCCGCCGGUGGCGCGUGUCGGCCCAAUCGGAGUCGGUGUGCGCAUCAUCCAGCAGGAAGGCGUGACGGCGCUCUUCUCGGGAGUUUCCGCCACCGUUCUCCGGCAGUCGCUAUACUCGACCACCCGGAUGGGUCUCUACGACACGAUGAAGCAGAAAUGGACCGACCCGAAAACCAGGACCAUGCCCCUGACACACAAGAUAGCAGGCGGGUUGAUCGCCGGAGGGAUCGGCGCCGCAGUAGGGAACCCCGCCGAUGUGGCAAUGGUCCGGAUGCAGGCCGACGGGCGUCUCCCGCCGGCUCAGCGCCGGAAUUACAAGAGCGUGGUGGAUGCCAUCGUGCAGAUGACAAGGCGCGAGGGCAUCACUAGUCUCUGGCGCGGGUCGUCGCUCACCGUCACCCGAGCCAUGUUGGUAACAGCGUCGCAGCUGGCGUCGUACGAUUCGGUGAAGGAGAUCAUAUUGGAAAAAGAGUUGAUGCGCGAUGGGCUGGGGACCCACGUCACGGCGAGCUUCGUGGCGGGGUUCGUGGCCGCCGUGGCGUCGAAUCCGGUCGACGUGAUUAAAACCAGGGUGAUGAACAUGAAGGUGGAGCCCGGAAAAGCACCGCCGUACUCCGGAGCCCUGGACUGCACGUUGAAGACGGUGAGAGCGGAGGGGCCGAUGGCGCUGUACAAAGGAUUCAUACCCACCAUUUGCAGGCAAGGACCUUUCACUGUAAUGCUGUUCGUCACGCUGGAGCAAGUUCGGAAAUUGCUCAAGGAUUUCUGAAAAUGUCGGGUGUUAGAUCGAUGAUGAUGAAAAAAUUUGGCUUAAAAUCUGUUUUUUCUUUUCAGUUUCCACCAUGUUUGGAGUGUGAAGCAAUUUCAUGCUUGCUUUUUUUUGUUUCUCCAUUGUAACAAUUAUUGAGCUUUAAAUUUAAAUUAUUAAAAAUAUUUUCCUA